AUGACUGGCGUAUCUAUAUUUCUGAAUCGAUGGCUUCUCUGUCACUUGAGUCACAGGGAUUACCUUCUGAAGCCAUACGUCAGCUCGGAUCCUGAACUUACGGUGACUGGUCGCACCGAGAAGGAUGAGUUCCUGAUACUAGCAAGCGAUGGGCUGUGGGAUGUCAUAUCGAGCGAGAUGGCAUGCAGGGUGAUCGGGAAAUGCCUCGAGGUCUUGGCAUCCGAUGGUUACCCAUGUGGAGUGUCUAAUUCUGCUGCUAAAGAAGCAGCUGCUGUGUUGGUCAGGCUUGCCAUUUCUCGGGGCAGCGUAGACAACAUCAGUGUGGUGGUGGUAAAGUUCUAA